AUGGCGCGACAUCAAGUUGACGUGAUGGCCGUUAACGAGACAUGGCUUAGAACUGGAGAAGAGGCACGCGCUCCCAUUGUUCCCGGAUACCAUCUACGUCAUAUACCUCGUCCUGUUGAUAUUCGUACGCGCGGCGGAGGCGUAGGCUUUUACAUAAGAUCUGGACUAAAUACUCGUGUUCUUAAACACCCACACACACCAUCGGUAGAACAAAUGUGGAUAAGUAUUAACAUCAACGCUAAAAAACUAGUAAUUGGUACUGCAUACCGUCCUCCAUGGCUAGAUCUUGACAUAUUCAUUGAUGCUCUUACUAAUUCUCUAACUACAUUUUCAGGAUUCGAUCAUACCAUUUUACUCGGAGAUUUCAAUACCAACCUUCUAAAUGUUCAAAAUUCUCAAACAAAAAAACUUAGAGAAUUUUUAGACUACAUAAACUUAUCACAACAUGUUACUGAGCCAACACAUUAUACUGAACACAGUACUACGUUAAUAGAUCUUAUAUGUUCUAAUGUAAGAACAACGCAUGUAUGUAUCGAUUAUAUACGUGAACUCAGCAAUCAUGCUUUCUUAACCUGUACUUUUGAUGUAAGAAAAGAUAAACCGAAACCAAAUUGGAUACAUUAUAGACCAUUAAAGGAUAUCGAUAUGAUUGAAUUUAAUACAGCUAUUAAUUCUAUUGCAUGGGAAUCACUCUUAACUGAAGACGUUAACGAAUGUGUAAAUAAUUUUAAUCAUGAAAUAAUUAAAUUAUUUGAUAGAUAUGCUCCUAUUAAGACAAUUUUUGUUAAGGACUAUACAUACCCCUGGAUAACUGAUACAAUUAAACUAAUGAUGAAGUUACGUGAUAGGGCUUAUGUUAGAAGUUGUAAAACUAAAUUGAGUUCACAUAAAGAAUACUAUAAACAGUUAAAACGUACAGUUAAUAUUGCCUUACAUCGUGAAAAAUCUGCGUACUUUAAUCAAUAUAUAAAUAAAAACAUAAAUGAUCCUAAAACUUUAUGGAAAAAUGUUAAAAAUAAUGUUGGUAAUUUUAAAACUAAAGUUAAAGAACUGCCACCUCAUUUACGUGAUCCAGAUGCCAUAAAUGCCUUUUUUCUUGACCUACCUAAUAAUAAUGUUCCUGAUAUUUCUGAUUAUUACACUUUGCUUUAA